AUGAGGCAUUACAACGGCGGACAGCGACAGCCCGAGGUCUCGCAGCAGGAGUGGAGGCGUGUUGCUAUGGACAAUGAGAUAAAUCAUGCCAGAUGCAACAAUGACCCUCCAGGCGCCCGCCCAGCAGGCCCAUCAUAUACUGGCCGGAGUAUAGGCCGGCUGGGGCCUAGAUGCUGCGGUGACCCCAAGUGUCCAGAUCCCAGGAAUAAAAGAGGAGCAAACGAUAUUGAUACAAUGUUAGUUAAUUAUAUAUAUAAGAGUGAAUAA